AUGAGCUCAGGAGAAUCAAUAUCUAGCAUGUACAAACGGUUUAAUGAUAUGAUCAAUAGACUAAAAGGUAUAGGAAAACUGUUUGAAACAAAGGAUUUAGUUCGCAAAAUCUUCAGGUGUCUACCCAGGGAAUGGUUACCUAAGCGAACUGCUAUAGAGGAGGCUAAAGAUUUGAACACAUUAUCUAUUGAGAGGCUAGUUGGAUCUUUGCUUAGCCAUGAAGAAGUAAUAAUACAAAUGAAUAAAGAUGAUCAUAGACGAAGGAAAGUUAUUGCAUUUAAGGCUCAAGAAUAUGAUAGUGAUUCUGAAGCAGAUAUGGGAGAGGAAUUUGAAAAGGAAUUUGCUCUUGUAAGUAGGAAUUUUCAUCGAAUGCUUAAAAUGAAAAAGGAUUUCAAAGCAAAGAGAGCAUAUCAUGAUUCUAGACAUUUCAAUAGUCAGUUCCCUGAACCUAGAAAGGACAGGGAAGAAAUUGAGAGAAUCCCUACCAAAACAAAUGAAAGAUAUGUAUCAUAUAGACCAUACCUAGAUAAAAGCACUCCGAGGUCAUAUGAUAGAUCCUCUGAUGGUCGAGAAAGGUUCAAAAUUGAUAAGGAAGACCACAGGUCUUCCAAUGAAAAAGAUCUAACUGUUUGCUAUAAGUGUGGUAAUACAGGGCAUAUCAGAUCAAAGUGUCCUACAGGAAGCAAAGCUAAGGAGAAGGCACUGGCUGCAUCUUGGAGUGACCUCAGCUCGGAAGAGGAGCAUGAGAUAAAAGACUUAGCCUACAUGGCGUUUGCAACCAACAGUGAACAUAUAUCAAUCCUCAAGCAGCAAUGA